AUGUCUCGAUUUAAGCAUAUGAAAGAGACGGACAAGAACACAAGGUACUUUUACAACGUUGCAUCAACAAGACGGAAGGGUAACCAGAUCAAGGCUUUGGUGAUCAAUGGUGAACUGAUUAACGUUGAUGAAGCCACAGCACUGGAGGUUUUACCAUCUAUAGAAGAAGUAAGAGAGUCGAUUUGGGAUUGUGAGUAUUCAAAAGCACCAGGAAGUGAUGGGUACAACAUGAACUUCAUAAAGAAGUAUUGGGAAUACAUUGGUGGAGAAUUCAGUGCAGCUCUGUUUGGAUUCUUUGAGACAUCCAGAUUACCUAAAGACUCUAAUAUGACAUGGGUAGUGUUGGCUUCGAAGUUUGUGGGAGAGAAGGAGAUUAAGGAUUUACGGCCAAUUAGCAUGGUUAGGUGCAUGCACGAGGUGAUAUCAAAAAUUCUGUCAAGGAAAAUGCAAAAGGUAAUGCCAAGGAUGAUAGAAGAGACAGUAAGGAACAGGCACAUAGAUCCAACACUGGUAGGACGAGAUAAUAUUGAGUUGUCUCAUAUUCAGUGUGUAAAUGACACUAUUUUGUUUUGUCCUCCAAAAGAAGAGACGAAUGUGUUGUUUAUUGGGGUGCAAGGCGACACCGUUACCAGUGAAAUAUCUCGGGAUAUCAUUAGGGGAGAAUCCAUGACAAGUGGAAACUUGGAAACUAAUAAUUGA